AUUUUUUCUCUACUUAAUAUUGUGUCGACAUUUGCGGUGUCACCAACGGCGAAAAAUUUCGAACCACAACAUACAUUGAAAUGUUUCGCUUUAAAAUUUGGCCAGCGGCCCUUUGCUUUUACUUAAAUGUAAUAAUAUUUAGUAAAGCUGAUAAUUUUACCUACGAUAGUAAUCCUACGGUGGCUCUGUUACAGAAGUAUAUUCAAAUAAAUACAACAACGUACAAUGACUUAGGACCCGCUGUAAAAUUUUGGAAAAACCUAGCGGCCGAAGAAGGCUUGAAACUAAAGAAGUAUGUUUAUGUAAAAGGCAUGCCUGUUUUGGUGAUAAAGUGGCCUGGAUCCGACCCAACUUUGAGCAGCAUCAUGCUCAACUCGCACAUGGAUGUAGUGCCUGCAGCUCUAGAGGAUGGAUGGAUUAUUCCUCCAUUUUCUGGCCAAAUAUCGGAUGGCAAAAUUUAUGGGCGUGGUUCACAGGACAUGAAGUCAGUGUCGAUUCAGUAUUAUGAAGCUUUGAAGAGAAUAAAGGAAAAGAACAUAACUCUUUUAAGGAAUGUCUAUAUGACACUUAUGCCUGAUGAAGAAGUAGGUACUGUAGCUGGAAUGCAAAAGUUCUUACAGAGCAAAGAGUUUAAAGCAAUGAAUGUUGGCUUCGAGCUCGACGAAGGUGGCGCUGUGAAUUUGCCCGUGCUACCCGUAUUAUAUCAAGAUAAAGCAGUGUGGCAAAUAAUAGUUGAAUGUCGCGGAACUGCAGGACAUGGGUCUUCUUUUCAACCUACAAAUUCUACAGCAGUUGGAAAAUGCUAUAAUGUAGCGACAAACAUGUUUCAAUAUCGAGAUGAACAAUACCAGAUUUUCCUUAGCUCGCCUGCCAAUGACUCCAGCUUGUAUACUUCGGUGAACCUUAACAUAUUGUCUGGUGGAUCUGCAAACAACGUAGUGCCAAAUUUGGUUAGGCUGACAUACGACAUCCGACUGAAUACCAGAGUCAAAGAAAGUGACUUCCAGCAGCAGUUGGAGAAUCUUAUCUAUUCUGCGGGAGACAAUAUCACAAUCACGUACAUUUCAAGGAAUCCCCAAAGCCCAGCCACGAUCGCCAACUCCAGUAACCCUUACUGGACAGCUAUUUCGGACGCAGCCAAAGAUAUGGGCAUACCGGUCCUCCCCGCGAUACCAUCCGGGUCCACCGACGCUCGGCAUGUGCGGUUAGCUGGAGUGCCGGCGUUGGGUCUGUCGCCUCAGAUAAAUACGCCAGCCCUUUUGCACGCCGUCAACGAGUACCUCGGCGUAAACACAUUCUUGAAUGGAAUUAACUUUUACGAAAAAGCUAUAUACAAUUUGGCCAAUAUACCUGCCGGUCAGGCAUCAACAAAUCCCAGCGUGUACUUAACUGACACUACAAACUGAUAAAGGACGGAAAAUAGAUUAUAAGAUUGUUGUGCGCUCUAAUUAAUUUUAGAUGGUCUUCAAGUUUGUUUUUAAUUUUAUAACUGUGUUUCAUUUACCACUCUAGGUAUGUUUUUCAGUUUACGUACACUUAUCUUAGAGCAUUUUAGGUUUUUAUGUUAAAAAGAGUUAAGUAAGCAUUGUUAUAUAAAAUACAUUUGUUAGUUGUAUUAAGAAAAAAAUGCUGACAUUAGACAUAUUAUAGUCAACAGCAACUUAAAUUAAUUGGAUUUGUAAAAUAUGAAUAAAGUGUUUAACAUUUUGACGGAA